CGUGCUGACAACACGCACAGUAUCGUCUGCAGCAUCAGCCUUGAUCAAGUUUCAAGCAGCUCUUCGCCGAUCAGCACGCCGUCACGCUCUUCCAGGCCAUAACACUUCCACCGCGCGCUACAACAAUCUUUAACUUGUUUCAAGUUUACGAAGUGCAAUGUAAGUUUGCCUAGUCACCCUGACCGACGUUGGAGGUGCACCCCUCACCGGAGCUCGCGGCUGACCAGUGUUUACCGGACGCUUCCUUGCCCCUCCCUCCGCUAGCGGCGGCUCAGCUCGUGCAAUAACGCGAUUGAACACAGCGAGUGCCAGCCCCUUUAAUUGAACGUCCGAGCAUGCGCACACUACAACUGACUAAAAAUACUAGCAUCUGUCGGUCGCUAUACUUUCCCACACCAUAAGGUAGUCGAAACACUUUUUGUACAAGUUUCCGACACUGGCUAACUCUCUGAGGGGAUGUCAUUUUGCAUUCUUUUCAGCAGCGGUGAAUUGUUUUUGCCGCUUUGUGAAGAUGGGUGAAAAGUGAUAUUUGAAACGAGUUUCAGGGUAGGAAUGUUUGCGAGCACAAGCGUGGGGCCAACUUGUGUACUGUCUCAAGGGCUGGAACAGGUAUGCUUUGGAAAGCAUAGUAAAGUGGAACGUCUACAACGACUACUGCAGACUUGGCCUUUAAACUAUGUUUUAUCUCCACUGUUGCACUGUCGUGGUCGUCGUCGUUGUCGUGAUGCAAGUGUGUUCGGGGUCGGGAGUGUUCGAACUGGGUAUCCUCUCUGUCAACAAUCCCAGGGGGGAGCUCGCCAGCGGGGUGUGUUGUUCGGGGGGUAGGGGGAGAGAUGGUGUGUGCAGCACCCCUUGCAAGACCCAGUUCAGAGCCUGUCUCAAGGAAUACCAAUCCCGGGUGACCCCCGAUGGGACAUGUACGUUCGGGAAUGUGUCCAGCCUUGUCCACCACGGAAAUUCCUUCACCCUCCCGGAAGGUACAGGCAAUACUCUGGAAUUACCCUUUAACUUCGCUUGGACCAGAUCAUACACAUUGAUAGUGGAGGCAUGGAACGUUGAACGAGAUAACGGGGCCUCUCUCAUUGAACGCGCAUCUCACAAGGGGAUCAUUCUCCCGGGCCAGGCCUGGCACACCAUCACCCACAACGGCGCCACUGCACGACUCACCUUCCGCAUCCGGGUCGUGUGCGACACCCACUACUACAACACCACGUGCACCAAAUUCUGUAGGCCCCACAACGACAUGUUCGGACAUUACAAGUGCGACUCUAACGGAGACAAAAACUGCAUGACUGGAUGGAUGGGACAGGAAUGUGAAACAGCUAUCUGCAUACCCGGAUGUCACGCAGUCCACGGUUCUUGCGAGAGACCGGGAGAAUGCAGGUGCGCCUACGGCUGGCAAGGCGAUCUCUGUGAUCAGUGUAUACCCUACCCGGGGUGUAAGCACGGUUCUUGUAACGGGUCUCCAUGGCAAUGCGUGUGUCAUCUCAACUGGGGAGGCAUUCUGUGUAACAAAGAUCUCAACUUCUGUGGCCGCCAUCAUCCUUGUCGCAAUGGCGGCCUCUGUCGGAACAUCAACCCUGAUGAGUACGCGUGUACCUGUCCCAAAGGAUUCUCAGGGAGGAAUUGUGAAAUAGCUGACCAUGCAUGCACAUCGUCACCAUGUGUGAACGGGGGCAAGUGUGUGGAGAUACACACCGGAUUUGUCUGCAACUGUCCCCCCGGCUGGACCGGCACCAAGUGUGACAUCAAUGUUAACGAGUGUGAAUCCAACCCCUGUCUCCACAACGGUACCUGUGUCGACCAAGACAACAGCUACGAGUGCGAGUGCCCCGAGGGCUGGCAAGGCCCCCACUGUCAGCUGGAUGCUGACGAGUGUAGCGGCAGUCCCUGUGUCAACGCAUACGCAUGUCACAACCUGGUUGGAGGCUACACGUGUGAUUGCCAGCCAGGCUGGACAGGGAAGAGAUGCGAUCAAAAUGUGGAUGAUUGUGCUGCUGUCCAGUGUCUAAAUGGUGCAUCCUGUGUGGACUUGGUGAAUGGCCACUACUGUGCGUGUAUCCCAGGAUACACUGGGGCUCGGUGCCAGAUUGAGAUCAACGAGUGUGCGAGUAACCCCUGUCAGAAUGGUGCUACAUGUCGCAACCAGCUGGCUGCCUACUCCUGCGACUGCCAUGAUGGCUACACAGGGGUCAACUGUGAGAUUGACAUGGACCCCUGCAACCCCAACCCCUGCAAGCACGGGUCCAGCUGUUUCAACAUACAGGGCGACUUCUACUGCCACUGUCGGGACGGGUUUGACGGCAAGGACUGCUCCCAGAUGCGAUCUACAUGUGCAGAACAGUCCUGUGAAGUGAUCGACAGUUGCACCAUCUCCAUCCCCUCCAAUGAGUCGGUGGGCGGGUUCCGCCUCAUCUCGUCCAGCGUCUGUGGCCAUCACGGCAUCUGCAUCAGCCAACCCAGCGGACGCUUCUCAUGUGCGUGUGAGACGGGGUACACGGGAACCUACUGCCACGAGAAUAUAGAUGAUUGUGCCAGCAACCCAUGUCAGAACAACGGCACCUGCAUUGACGGCGUCAACUCCUACCAGUGCAUCUGCAUGGAUGGCUGGGAGGGUGCCCUCUGCAACAUCAACCGCAAUGACUGCGAGACCAACCCUUGUCGUAAUGGUGGAUCCUGUGUGGAUGACUUCGGCCAGUUUGUGUGCCAGUGUGUCAACGGAUGGAAGGGGAAGACAUGUACUCUCACUGACAGCCACUGUGACGACACCACCUGCUCCAACGGAGGAAGCUGCGCAGACGUGGGGAACACGUUUGCCUGUGACUGUCAAGAAGGCUGGGUGGGGAACACCUGUCAGAGACCGGCAGUUUACAGCUGCGACUCUUCCCCUUGCCGCCACGCCGGCACCUGUGUCAACAGCGGUGACAGCUUCACCUGCAUCUGCCGUGAUGGCUACGAGGGGCAGACCUGUGAGAAAAACAUCAACGACUGCAACCCGUUUCCAUGCUACAAUGGAGGCACAUGUAUUGACGACGUCAACUGGUGCGAAUGCAGGUGUCGGUGUGCCAAAGGGAUUCUCCGCCCAACUGACUGUGUCGGUGUCAAUAUCAACGAGUGUGCCUCUAGUCCCUGCACGUACGGCAGCACCUGUAUUGAUGGUAUCGGAGAGUUCACCUGUAUUUGUCCCCCUGGGAGGACUGGAGACAGGUGUCAGACAGUGAUUGGUCAGAUUGCCUCCCCCAACUCGUGUGUCCACCACAGGCGUAUUUACGAAGACGGCAGCCAAUGGGAGCACCAGUGUAACUCCUGUAUCUGUGACAACGGCAAGGUCACCUGUAGCAAGAUCUGGUGUGGUCCACGGAACUGCCUGCCUCACCCGAACAUCUCGGAGCCCGUGGUCCACUGCAUGAAUGAUGAGACCUGCGUGGUGCAGACCAAGGAGAUCUGCUUCACCCCUCCCUGUCUGCCCUGGGGGCAGUGCAAGAAGGUGGACCACAUCAAGGACCCCGUUCCCCAGGGGCUGGAGACGGCCUGCACCCCCAACUCUGCCAAUCUUGGCAACAACUGCGCCAAGAUCACACUUGUCUUUGACAAAUCAAAAAUGCCCAUGGGUGUGUCUGUUGAGACAAUCUGCAACACUCUUCGUCAGCUUCCUGUGCUGAGGAAACUAGCCAAUCACGACGCUCUGUUCAUUAUGUGCGGGAUCAAGGAGGGUCAAGUUGACACAGUCGAGGUCACACUGUCAACAAAUGUGGCCAGUGGCGAGAUGGACCCCAGAUUGAUCCACACGGCCAUUGACCGUGGUAGGACUCUUGCUGAUCUGGAUGUGGUCAGUCACAAGCAGAGCAACAGCAGCGCCCUCUCGGCGGUCAGGGAGAUCCGAGUGGAGACAACCAUUGUUGACAGAGGAACAAGACCCAGCUACUUGAUUCCUUUGGUGUGUUCUAUCAUGGGCAUCAUUGGUGUCACCAGCAUCAUCAUGCUCGUCAUCUGGCAUCAUCGGCGGCAACGUGCUCGGCGAAAGCGACUGGAGAGUUACACGAACUACCAAAAGACUAAUAAUGAAAAUGAGCAAAAUAUCCGAAGGUACCGGAAUCCAUUGUUUGGCACAGACAAGGGUGGUGGAACAUCAAAAAACAUCUCGGCAACAGAGUUGCGAGAUAUUGAUUUAGAAAAAUAUGAAAAAAGUCCACGGAGGGAUCCGACCCAGACUGAUUCGUCGACAGACUUUAAUGACUUCCGAGAAAACACCCCUCCUCCGAAAACCUCUCACAAGAAGGAUAUCAACAUCGAGAUCGACAUCUCAAGGACUCUAGCCAGUGACAGAGAGGUGAUAGUGUAGGUUUCCCCAGUCAGGAUUCGGUGCAUUUCAUCGUCAUAGUGUUCAACAUUUCAUGGUCCAUUUUUCUCACGUUCAUCACUCCACAGUAUUCAUGCUCAUUUCAUCGUAGACAAAGCCUAGAGCACUGUUUUGCCAAAGACGUUGGAGGAUUCUAGAUUUCAGUGUGCUUUGUGUUGGAAUAUGGUUCCGUGUUUUUACUUUCGUACUUCUAAUUCAAAUGUUCAAUCAACAUCAGAGAGACAGGGAUCUCAACCAUGAUCAUGUGACCACAGGACAACCAAUCACAAUAUAUUUAUAGGUCACAUGACAUGAAUCAGCCAAUUAUUACUGAGCACAUCAGUGGAUGUGUGUCUCCAGGCAGCAGACAUUUGCUUCUACAUUCAUCAUAAUCUCCUUAUAUGGAAUUAUAUCCUUAUAUGGAAGUUCAACGAGUGAGAUGUUCUUGUGCCACCAUAUUUCUGAUGUAAACAAUAAGAUAUUAGGAAGGAAUUCUUGGAACAAGUUGAACAGACGUCCUAUCCUCAAUACCUUGAAGAUGUUAAAAUGGCUUUUGAAUGCCGGUGAUUUGAAAUGGCAUUAUUUGAAGAUUGAUAGAAUCUUUUCUUGUUACUGUGAAAUGUUAAGUACUUCAUUUCUACUGAAUUUAAGUUUAUUUGCUUCAGCAACUUAACAUCAGGAAGAUGGAACAGAUUUUUUGUAACGUUUUUGUGGGAUAAAAUGUUAUGGUUUUCGAACAGUUUUUUAAACGAAUGUUUUGUUUUGCGUUUGCACUGCAUGAGAAAAUUAUAAAUAACUGUUUCCAAGAUAUUGGUUGGUAUGUGGAGUUAUAAAUGAAAUAAUUAAAUGGUAUGUAUACUUAUUUUCCCUAUUUACCAGCAGAUAUUGACAAUGUUAUAUGUUUAAAUCAACCAUCAGUAUAGCAUUACAGUUAGUAUGGUAUUUUCCAGAGAAUGGGUGUUUGUCAUUGUUGUUACUGUUGUUUUAGGAAUAAUAUUUGAUUUUUUUUUACCUUUUUAAUAUACAAGUUUAUAAUAUUCAUGAAAUGAACCAUAAAAACAUUUUGGUUUAUGAAAUAAUUCAGGUUUUGAAUUUUAGCUAAAGAUGUAAAUUGUUAAGCCUGAAAGUUUUUGUAAGUUUUAAUUAUAUAUUUAUUAUUGUUCCAUGUUCUGUUUAAGUGAUGUAUGUUAAUUAAAUACACAUAUUUUCUGUAAUUGUGAUGACCGGUAAAGCAUUUCUGAGCUACAUUGAUAUAUUUAUUUACAAGCGAUAUAUGUAUAUACAGAUACUUAGAUGAGUGGUAAGGGCUUCAUCUAACAGAUUGAAAGUUGGGCCUUGGUAUCUUGAAGACUAGAUAAAGUCCAUGAUUCCAGAAGCUGUCUACUUCCUAAGGCAAGACUUAAUUUGUUUUAAGGUUAACAGAUUUUGUUUGUGAGACUGAAAAAAUAAUGCCUUUAAAUUCUGCAAGGUUCUUUCAUAUAAAAUAUUUAUGUUCCUUGCAUUUUGUCUAUUGCCACAGUGUUUUUUACCUUUACAUAAGAAAUCAUUCUGAAUUUCUUAUAUAAUUAUUUGUUUAAGGUUGGCAGUUCUGUAAUAAAAAGCAAAGGCCUUAGGAAGUUAUGAUUCUGUAAAUGUUGGUAAAUGAAUAUAGUAUUUUUAUUAGCAAGCAAAAAAUAACAAAAAAUUAUGAGAAACCAUCUCAUAAUUUUCCAGACUUUCUAGAUGAAACCCUUUAUCACCAAUAUAGGAAGUACCGAUCUAUUUAUUAAGUGUAAAUUUUUAUUGGAAUGUAUAAUCAAUUUGUACGAGGUAUGUUCUCAUUGUUUUCAACUGAAGCAGCCGAAGUGCUUCUUUCAUCUGAUUGGUUGAACAUUCUUUUACAUCAAAUAUGAUUUGAUGUGUCCCAGCUCUACUGAAACGUCUCCUUGACUCAACAUGUUUUUAUCUAAAUGAAACUGUCAACUCUGUGGAGAGAAGUUUCGGCUUUCCAAUGGCUGAAGGUUGGGUGUCAACAUGGUGCCAACAAUCAAACAUAAUGGCACAUCCAGAACAGCUUGUGAGUUUAACAUUGAUCAAUUUUGAAAAAUUAAGAGCCAGCUUCUCUUACUUCAUAAACAUUGAUAUGUCCAAAACACAGAAACAGGUGCAGGUAAAGUAUGGUGUAAAAGAAAUAGAAAAAUAUUUGUUGAUUGUAAAACUUGAUUUUUAUCCUGAAUUGAUAGACAUGCUCUGAAUGUUCAGUGUCUAUGACAGAUUUACUGACUCGGAUCAUGCAUGUUAUUGUGUCGAAAUUGAAUAGAUUGAUGCUCAUGAUGUCACUCACAGGAUUGUCUGGUCCAGACCAUGGUAAAGCUGGAAUACUGCCAGUGUGGCCGGAGACACAAACUCAGUGAAACCACUCAUUGCAGUUCUACCUGCCUGAUUUGUUUCGAAAAUUGAUAAAAUCCAACAUAUAAUUGGUCUUGUGCAAACUACAGAGUUUAAUGUUCACUAUGAAAACAUCAGUUGAGCAAGGGUAGUUUCAUGUAGGGUUACAAGCAAUGGUCAGUGACAUCAGGCGCUAUAAACUGACGUACACCUUUAAACUGCUGUUUAUGGAAUUGUUUUUUAUAUCACAAAAUUGAGUUUGUAUAUAUGUAAAUACAAGUGUACAUGUGCUGUUAUUUAUGGAGUGAGUGAAUUAGAUAUCAUCUGAAGUCAUUUCCGUCAGUAUUGUACAAACUGGGGUUCAGUACACUCUAAUGUAUUUGUCUUGUGUUGAGAAUUCACAAUCUGUGGUAAGCCAUGCUGUUUCUUGUGGUUUCAUAGUGAAUCUCAAGGGUAUGGUACUUGUGACCUGAUUGUGAUCCUAAAGGGUGGUGUCUUGGAUCCUGUGUUGUAUCAGCUGUGAAUAUACACACUAGCUGAAUCAAUAUGCUUUCCUUACUAAACAUGAACCCAGCAUCUUCAUGUAAGGCUUUCGUUUAUCUUACACGGAUAAAACAGUGAAAUAUUGGGCACAAAGAAAUCUUGCAAAAUAAUGUUAACUGCACUGUGUACUUAAAAAACAACUUCCCAUUUAAACAGAAUUAUGGAAAUGGUUCAGAAUAUGAAAAUUGUUAAAAUGAAUCUAAGUCACAGUUAGAGUUUUUUUUGUUAUUUUGGGUAAUUAUGUCUCACUAUUCGAGGUUGUUUCUCCUUUCUUUCAACAGAAUUAUUAUAAGACAGUAUUUUGAAAAUAUGAGGACCUCUGUAAGUUGAAGCAAGAAUAAUGUUGAUGGCAUCUCCGUAUCACAGCCUAGAGAUGUUGUUUUGUAGUGAAGUAGAUACAGUUAAAAGUCAGAUGGCAAACAGCAAUAAUGUCAGUUUGCAAACUAAACAUAUUUAAGAUUUUUAAAUAUUAGGUCUGACUGAAACAGCCAACAAGUGAACUGCAUCAGUUGUAACAAUGUGUUUGCUGUACCCAGCGACUUCUUAAUCCCUCCAAAUAUUGUGCUGACUCGUGACUUUCCACGACGUGUUGUCCGCAAGUUGCCAUGAUUAAUGCUUCUUGUUCUAACUAACAUUACAUGUUGUGAUGUGAACAACGUCUCGGAGCGGUCAACAGCGUCUCGCCAACAACAGCACAAACAACAGUAACAGCAGCAGCAGCAGCAGCAGCAGCUAAUCCGUCGACCGAACAAAGGCAGCUACGUUCAUGACCAAAGUUGUGAACCAUUGUCCCAUCAUUCGAUACCUAGUAUCAAACCACAAAUUGUGUUUUAUCCAUCAUGAGAAACAAGGGGAGUUAUAAACUUCAUUCAUAUUUUGUAUUUUUGAUGAUAGAAAAAAUCUGGGCGAGAUUUUUCAUAAAUGUCCAAAUUACACCCACUUUGUCUUGUACUGCGAUAACCAGGGAUCCAUGUUGACUGGCGCUCUGAAUGCUGCACCGUAACAUCGCGUGUCAUGCUCGUCAUCUCCAACAUGUAAUUGUAGCACGUGUCCCACAAUGCAAUGCUGAUUGUCCAGACUGUCUCGACCUUGGCAGCAUGUUGCUUUGAAAUGUUGAUGGCCUAGCCAAAAUCUGCUUUAUCUGUCUUGUGAUGUACAGUGUAGGAGACACCAUAACGAUAUUGAUUGAGUCUUUCGUAACUUCUGUAAAUUUGUUACUUGAUGAAUACUUACAAAGAAUUGAUUUCAAAAUGGAAAUAUUAUUUAUUGUGUGAGAUUAAUUUUGACAAUGGCAAAUGUAUGUAUUGAAAGUAACAAUCUUCAAAUUGUCCUUAAAAAUGUAUACAUGUAAUACAGUAGGAAUCAGUGUAUGUGUUGGUAAAAUUUCUUAAAGGAAUGGAUAUAAUGUUUAUGAUAUCAGCAUUGUAUAUAUCUUGUAAUAAUUAUGUUACAAGGAAACUGUAAUUUGAUUUUGAAGUCCAUCUUGCUAGCUUCCAUAGUGUCCCAUGUCAUAUGUCUUGUGAUUGGCAGUUAAUGUUUCAUGUUAAGUUAUUCUGUUGUCCUCAUCAGCGAUGUUGAAGCGAGCGUGUAUCAAUGUGUGUGUGUACUUAAUGCCUCAUCAGGUUAGUUACAUUUUGGUGAUAUAAUUUCAACAGAGAGUUGAAACUGCACGUCUUCAUCAAAAUGAAACAAUAAAAAUGUGAAGAUUA